GCUCUGGGGACUCCGACGCACCUGCGCGGCGCGGCGUUCGCGGUUUCGCUUUUUGGAGACCUUCGUUUCUACCGGCGGCGAGCUCGCCCGGUUCUCCCACAUCUGUGCGACCAUGUUCGUUCCCUGCGGAGAAUCGGUCCCCGACCUCGCGGGCUACACCUUCCUAAUGCCAGCAGUAUCUGUUGGAAAUGUUGGCCAGCUUGCAAUGGAUUUGAUUAUUUCGACACUAAAUAUGUGUAAGAUCGGUUACUUCUAUACCGAUUGUCUUGUGCCGAUGGUUGGAAACAAUCCAUAUGCAACUGCAGAAGAAAAUUCAACAGAACUCAGUAUAAAUGCUGAAAUAUAUGCAUUGCCUUCGAAGAAGCUGGCGGCUCUUCAGUUAAGAUCCAUUUUUAUUAAGUAUAAAUCAAAACCAUUCUGUGAAAAACUGCUUUCCUGGGUGAAAAGUAGUAACUGUGCCAAAGUCAUUGUUCUUUCAAGCAGUCAUUCAUAUCACCGGAAUGAUCUACAGCUUCGCAGUACUCCCUUCAGGUACCUACUCACACCUUGUGUGCAAAAAAGUAUUCAAACUAAAAUAACAAGCCUUAACUGGGAAGAAAUGGAAAAAAGCCCAUGCAUUCCUGAAAUAAAUGAUUCUGAGUUUUGUAUUCGUAUUCCUGGAGGAGGUAUCACAAAAACACUCUAUGAUGAAGGCUGUUCUAAAGAAAUUGCAAUGGUGGUUCUGCUGAAAUUUGUUUCAGAAGGAGACAAUAUCCCAGAUGCAUUAGGUCUUGUUGAGUAUCUUAACGAAUGGCUUCAGAUACUCAAACCAUGUUGUGAUGACCCCACAGCAUCUGCCUUGCGGUGGAAAAUGCCAAGUUCGUGGAGAUUACUCUUUGGCAGUGGUCUUCCCCCUGCACUUUUUUGACCUUUUUUCAGUUUUAUACCUUAUGUCCCAAGAUACUUAUUACCAGCACAACUAUUAACUAUAUAGAAAGCUACAUUAUGUAAGAAUGUAUUAGAAAAUAAAUCUUUACUUUUCACAAAAAAAAUCUCAAAGAAAAUGGAUUAACAAAAAAGUUGUUUUGCCAUGCUUUUCACUAUAUACAACAAAUGUAAAUUUUGUACAAUAAAAUAUUUCCUAAGUAA